AUGACAUGGGAGGAAAAGUCACAAGACAAAACAAGCCCACCUGAUUUUGAACAUUCCAGAGGUGAAGAUGAGCUGGAGGAGGUCACAAUUGCACCCGAGAAUGAUGAUUCCAAGCACAUCUCAAUUUUUUGCUCUGCACGUCAACAAAUAAUACAUCUGUACCACCUUCGUUAUCAAAAAACCCACAAAGCCCGAACUUUGCUGGGCUUUGAUAGCCCACAAACGAAGACUGACAAGAAAACACUUUUAGCUCAGAGACAGAAACUAAUUUCAAAACUGACCAAGAUUCCUAAAUAUUCUGAGACACAUAGGCAGAAGAUUGAUUAUUCAUUUGAAUUCCUUAUGGAUGAUCACACUCCUGCAUCAUAUCACAAACUUGCCAAUAUUAACAAUCCUAGUACUUUUAAGAAAGUAAAUAAUUCUUUAAUAAAAGCAUUAUCAAUUUGCCAAGAUAAAAAUUCCACAUGGCACGGAGACAUGGAAGACAGAUUUAUUGUGCUUGACAACUACGGAAACAGGUCAGAUACGUGUUUUCUGGGGCUACUUGAUGGCUCCCAUGGUGUGACAGCUGCAGAAACAGUUGCAGCAGAGCUUCCACUUUUAUUUCUUGACCAGCUUGCUCAAAUGGAUUCCUCCUACAGAAAGAGUAAGGAUGAACAGCAAAUUCUAGAUUCUUUUGCCACAGUAAUCAAGGCAGAUUACAGGGAAAAAGAAAAGAUUUUCUCUGAUAAACCAGGCAAUGAGGAGACCAACAAGACCAACACUUACGAAUGGAUUCACAAAGCAUAUGCCAAGUCCUUUUGGAGAAUGGACAGACUUUUACGACUGGGAAGGAAUGAGGUUUCCAAAGUUCGCUGGAGUGGCUGUUCAGCUGUUACCUGUCUGGUGGAAAGAAACCCCAGCAGAGAGACAGACAGCACCGAGGAAGAAAGAAAUCAUUUUGAAAAGAGCACGCUCAGUCCAUUAGCCGGGACAGCCACAGGUGCUGCUGGGUUACUGCACAUUGCCAAUAUAGGUAACGCACAUGCAGUCUUAUGUAAAAAUGGAAAAAGUCACUGCCUCUCAAAAGAGCACAGCACUUCUAACGCAAGCGAGAGAAAACGUGUACUUCAGAAUGGCGGAAACAUCAGCACUAACGAACCAGAUGGAUUAGUAGAGGGAUACCUACGAACUACAAGGGGUCUUGGACAUCACGGAGAUCCAGUACUGAAAAGAUCUGUUAUACCUGUACCUCAUACCAUAUCUGUCCCCAUCGAUGACACCUGUCAGUUUCUUAUCUUAGCUUCUAAUGGGCUUUGGGAGGUUUUGGAUCACAAUGAAGUACUUGCAUUAACUCUAACAAUAUUCACCGAUUAUUUAAGAAUGUAUGAACAUGUUCAACAAAAUGGAACUUCUACGUGUCAGUAUCUGAUGGCUCUCACUGAAGACAACUUAAAUGACUCAAAAGACUUUAUCUCUCAGAACAGAGAGAUAAAACAGUCCGAUUCUAGCACACAAGGUGGCUCUGAAGAACUGAAACAGGUUGAGAACAGAAAAGUUUAUCCAUGUAGCAGUUUUCAGCCACGACCACAGACUGUAGAGCAAGAAGAAACAGACACUGAUACUUUCUCUGUGACAGGUCCAAGUUGCACCCACAAACAGCUGCAAGAAAACAUACUGGCAAUAGGGUCUACAAACAUGAGACAGCCCCCAAAAGAUACAAAAGCAUACCUAUCUACUUAUGACUCAGGUCCACAACUGGCAGAAAAAAAGGACUCCAAGAUAUUUUGUGACAAACCUGCGUGCUGCACUGGUCAAGAACUGCUAAAGAGGGUAUCACCAGUGGGUUCUAAACCACAACCACAGUUUGAAGGGGACACAAAACCAUACCUGUCCGAUUGUGAACCACAAACUGCAGGAAGAGGCAGAGUCACCUCUGAGACUUUCUACGACAACGCAGCCAGCUACAUUAGUGAACAACUGGUCAAGACUGCAUUAGCUGCAGGUUCAAGAGAUAACAUUACUAUUUUGAUGGUACUUCUAAAUGGAUGUGAUAAGAUACCAAAUUACCUCAACACUUAA